UUAAAUUGUUCCAGGGACCCAUUGGGCAAUGGGCAGAGAGAUAAGGGAGAGACACAGGAGUUUUAAUGGCUUUAAACAUGAAUCUGCUGCUGGGUACAGGGGAGUGAAAGUGAAAGUAAAAAAGGCGUUUUUAUUAUCCAGGAAAUUGCAUCCCGACCUGUGGGGAAAGGGGAAGUGGGGAGAGGAGAGGAGAGGGGAAGAGGUGUUAAUGUGGCAGCAGCAGGUACCCAGGUCUGCCUUCAUCAGCCAACAUGUCCCACAGGGAGAUGCAGGAGAAGGUCCAGCUGGAGAAGAGUGUGCGGAGACUGAGGGAGACGUUACUUGGAGGGGUGUUGUUGGAACGAGCCGUGCUACUGAUGAGAAAAUAUUUCAACAACUACUCUCUGGUCGUCAGACACAUUGUCCUGAUGGUCAAUGACUCCUCUGAUGAACUGGAUGAUGAAGAUCGGAGAGAUAUAGAGAAUGAUCCGGUGGUUCAGAAUGUCAUCAACACUCUCCGCGCCGAAGAAGACAGGAAAAAGAACGCUCAAGAGGAACCAAGCGAAGACUCAGAUAUUAAGAAAUUGGGUCAGAGAUUGACGAAGGCAAACCUGGUGCUGUUCAACCGGACUAACGAUGCUUUGAUUCCGUGGAGAGAUUGUCAGUUCAGCUGCCAGAGAUGUGACCGCUUCUGGUGGCGAAGAGUUCCUGAGAGAAAACAGGUUUCCAGGUGUAGGAAAUGUAAGAAGAAAUACGAUCCGGUGCCGGCGGACAAGCUGUGGGGUUACGCCGAGUUCCACUGUCAGCAAUGCGGGAACGUCUUCGGGGGCUUCGGACAGAUGCACUUGCCAGCCCCGUGUUACUCCUGUAACGCUGCGGUGACCCCCACCCGCAUCCUCCCCCCGAGAAAGAGCCAGGGCCCCCGCUCCCGCAGGCCUCACAGCUGCUGUGCCGAGGACUGCUACAACCGCAAAGAGCCACAUGUGCUGGGGACCUUUUGCGUCCACCCACGGAGCCGGCAGAGGAGGGGGCUGGCGAGGGUGGUCUACGCCAGCCCAGAGCACCACAGCACGGGCUCUACCGUGGCCACCUGCCUGUCCCAGGGCAGCCUGAUGGAGUGCGAUGUGGAGGACAUCAUUGAAGAAGACAUCAUUGAGGAAGAGGAAAACCAGAGCGAAUCCUCCGAGGACGAAGAGAGCGGAGACUGAGAGAUGGAAGGAAACCUGUUUCGCCCCCG